AUGAUAUCUGUGACUUUUCCUGUUCGGGAAAAAGAUUUGAUGGUAGGAGAAGAAUGCUCACAAUUACGCCAAAUGCUUGAUAUAUCGUAUCCAAUGGACAACGGUAUCGUGCGUAACUGGGAGGAUAUGGGUCAUGUUUGGGAUCAUACCUUUGGGCCAGAGAAAUUAGACAUUGAUCCUAAGGACUGCAAACUGCUUCUAACCGAACCGCCAUUGAAUCCUAGUAGCAACCGUGAGCGUUUAUUUCAAGUGAUGUUCGAACAAUAUGGUUUCCAUUCUAUUCAUGUCGCUGUACAG